AUGCCAGGCAAGACUAACGGCAUAGGCGUUCAGGUGGAGGAUACCAAGAUAUGCGUCGUCAUGGUUGGCCUGCCCGCUCGGGGCAAGAGCUUCAUCGCCCAGAAAGCGCAACGGUAUCUGGGUUGGCUCUCCAUCAAGGCAAAGACGUUCAACGUCGGCAGUUACCGCCGCCAGGAGGACGCGCACCCCUCGGCUGACUUCUUUGACUUCCACAACACCGAGGGCGAGCGCAGACGUCGCGCCGCCGCCGAGAAGGCCAUCGAGGACAUGCUGGCCUGGUUCCGCCAGGGCGGCGUCAUUGGCAUCCUCGAUGCCACCAACUCCACCAAGGAGCGCCGCAAAUGGGUUCUCGACAUCUGCACAAAGGAGGGCGUCGAGGUCCUCUUCGUCGAGAGCAAGUGUGACAACGAGAAUCUCAUCAUGGCCAACAUCCGCGACGUCAAGACCACCUCCCCCGACUACCAGGGUCAGGACCCCGAGGAGGCCGCGGUCGACUUCCGCAACCGCAUCCGCAACUACGAAAAGGUCUACAAGACGCUCGACGAGGAUGGUGACGAGAACGAAUACACCUAUCUCAAGAUCAUGGACGUCGGCAAGCAGGUCAUUAUCAACCGCAUCCAGGACUACCUUCAGAGUCGCGUUGUCUACUACCUUAUGAACCUCCACAUUCGCCCUCGCUCCAUCUGGCUGUCCAGACACGGAGAGUCCAUGUUCAACCUGGAUGGUCGCAUUGGUGGAGACACUACGCUGUCUCCCCGCGGCCAGCAGUACGCGCGCAAGCUCCCUGAGCUCGUCCGCAAGUCAGUCGGUGAUGACCGCCCCCUGACCGUCUGGACCUCGACCCUCAAGCGAACCAUCGCUACAGCUCGCUUCCUGCCCUCAGAUUACAACCAGCUGCAGUGGAAGGCCCUCGACGAGCUCGACUCCGGCGUCUGUGACGGCCUCACCUACCAGGAAAUCAAGGACCGUUUCCCGGAGGAUUUCGCCGCCCGUGACGAGGACAAGUACAACUACCGCUACCGCGGCGGCGAGUCCUACCGCGACGUCGUCAUCCGCCUCGAGCCCAUCAUCAUGGAGCUCGAGCGCAGCGAGGAUAUCCUCAUCGUCACCCACCAGGCCGUGCUGCGCUGCAUCUACGCCUACUUCAUGAACAAGAGUCAGGCCGACAGCCCCUGGAUGAACGUGCCCCUGCACACCCUCAUCAAGCUCACCCCGCGCGCCUACGGAACCGAAGAGGUGCGCUACGAGGCCAACAUCCCGGCCGUCAGCACCUGGCGCGGCAAGGGUUCCACGGCCAAGCACGAGAACCCGGUAGCAGAGUGUAUGAACUUGAGGGAAACGAACGCGGUUGUAUCGGCCACGCGGUCACACUUCGAGUGGCUGACACAGUUCAAGGCCGAUUGGGGCCUCGCGCGAAGGAUUUCCUUUUCUCUUGACGACGACGACGUUUUCAGACUCCGCUUUUCGGCAUAUUCAUCCCGGUUCACGAUGGCGUUUAGGGACAACAGAGAGAGAGAAAAGACGAGAGAGUCCAGGGACCACGGCGGCAAAAACGCGGAGAGUGGUGGCAUAUCAAGUCGGCGGUAA